AGCAAACAGUUGACUUCUCUGUUAACUUCAGCAGACCCUGUUGCAAUGGACGGAUGGAGUGAGACAGAGGACGCCACCGUGGUGAAGGACCAAGCCGAGAAACAGACAGGCAAAAAAUACAGGGAAUUCAAAGCAGUUAAAUACAGGAUUAAGAAUGUGGAGGGAGGACAACUCUUGGUCAUCAAGGUUCAUGUUGGAGGAGCAGACUAUAUUCAUCUGAGAGUCAUCCAAAUACCUCUGCUUGUACACGGUGCGCCGGACCCAAAGGAAAUACUGCGUGGUGUCGAGCAGCACAAAACCAAAGACAACCCCCUCGAACCUUUCACCAUUUGAUCACACAACCUGUUUCAACAGUUAAACACUUACAGGCUGCAGUCUCAUGAAUGCUCUGCUUCUUUAUUCUGAAAUGAUUUUACACAGAUAUUUGAUGUUGGGAAGAAGCAAGUUAAAUGCACUGCCUUCUAAAGAUAUAAAGAUUAAAGCAUAAAAAAACCUCGAUA